UCUGGGGCCCGGAUCGUUUCUCACAGCACAUCUGUGGGACACUCCACGCAGCAGGUCUCAGUGUUUCCAGCAGCACUUUGAGCCCGGCACGGAUCAGACUGGACCUCAUCUGAAGUGGGGAUCUUUAGCUGACUGUAAAGGUUACAUUUAAAAAAAAAACAUCACAGCACAAGGACUUCUUUCAUAUAUUUUUCUGCGUCAUAUGUUUUUGUAUCGAGUGACGUCUUCCGUGUCGUGAUGUUUAUAUGAGCCCACCAAGAUUUUCCCAACAUAAAUCAAGUUUUUCCCCCCACGUUCCUGCGCUGCCUGCGUGUGUUUACCUACAGCCGUGAGUGACAGGAGCCGACUGGACUUUUUCAAGCCUCCACGGGCUUUUCUGGACGCGGACAUGGGCCGGUGCCUCGCUCCUCGCGGGUCUAGUGGGGGUGAAGGCUCGGGAGCCCUGCCGCCGCGGAUCAAGUGAGAGGUGCGGGUUUCUAUUUGCAGCCUCUGCGACAUGGGCUGAGCUCCCGUGGUGACUGGUUUCUCCCGAGAUCAUCCGAGGAUGGACAGCGGCGAGCGGAGGCGGACGAACCCGUAACGCAGCACACAGGCUCACCUUCAGAUACCAACACCUUGACGUGUGGAGAGAGCGCGCGCGCGCGCGCACCGGCAACGCUCGGCUGACGCCUCGUUUUUCGUUCACCGUCGUCCGCUUUGGCGCAAACGCUCCUUUUUAGACUUUCUUGCAUGCGGUGAACACACGACGACGCGUGUUUAUGUGUCUGAUGUCCCUGUUAAAAUGACCUAGCGCAAUAUAUGGAGACUCGACAAGUGCGGUUUUGACCAAGGUGUCCAGUUAGAACUGGAUAUUGGUUUUUGGAUUUGGAGAUUUCCGACUCUUUACGCGCAUAUUUCUCCGAGUCUGCUUCCGUUCGGCUUCAGCUUCAGUCCAGUGGUUCUGACGGUUUCCUCCGGGUCUGCUCCACCGCGUCCUCGCCUCCCCACCGGACAAUGUGGCCCCCCCGCCUCGCGCUGCUGCUGCUCCUCCGCUUCUCCGGCGUGUUCGUGGUGCACGCGCUCAACACGUGCCAGUCCAUCAACCUGGACGCGCAGAAGUCGCGGCGCAUCGAGGCGGUCCGCGGGCAGAUCCUCAGCAAGCUGCGCAUCCGCAGCCCGCCGGAUGACGACGAGGCCCCGCCGCCUGGCCCGGUGCCCCCGGAGGUCAUGCUGCUGUACAACAGCACGCGGGAGCUGCAGAAGGAGCGCGCGCGCCUGGCGGAGUCCACGUGCGAGCGCGAGAGCAGCGAAGAGGACUACUACGCCAAAGAGGUGCAGAGGAUUGACAUGCUGCCCACGCGCACUGCCACAAACGCGGUGCAGCCAGUAGCGCCCAGCCCCCACUACAGAGUCGUCCACUUUGACGUCAGCGGAGUGGACCUGAGCAACAGCACCGUGGUCAAAGCCGAGUUCAGGAUCUUCAGGGCUCCCAACCCGCAGGCCCGGGCCUCGGAGCAGAGAGUGGAGCUCUACCAGCUGCUGAAGCCCGACGAGGAAAGCACCUCCACCCAGCGCUACAUCGACUCGCGCACCGUCCAGCCCAAGGCCAAGGGGGCCUGGGUCUCGGUGGACGUCACAGAGACCGUCAAGGACUGGCUCUCAGACCCAGAGAACAACCUGGGGCUGAAGCUGGGCGUCCACUGUCCCUGCUGCACCUUCGUCCCCUCCACCAACAACAUCGUCCCCAACAAGAGCGAGGAGCUGGAGGCUCUGUUUGCAGGUGUGGAUGACGAGCAGCUGCGUCGGAUCAGGAAGCCGGGUCAGGUCAAAGGCCAGGCCGACUUCAGCACCAAGACGCCGCACCUCAUCCUCACCCUGCUGCCCAGCGACAGAGUCGACAACCCGGCCAAGAAGAACCGCAAGAAGAGAGCGGCCGCCGCCGACACCACAACCUGCUCCCGUGGCUCCGACCACGGAUGCUGCCUGCGCUCGCUCUUCAUCGACUUCAGGCGGGACCUCAACUGGAAGUGGAUCCACGAGCCCAAAGGUUACAAAGCCAACUUCUGUGCCGGAAACUGUCCUUAUCUGUGGAGCGCCAACAACCACUACAACAUGAUCCUUCCCCUGUACAACAAGCUGAACCCGGAGGCCUCGGCCUCGCCCUGCUGCGUCCCCCAGGACCUGGAGCCCCUCACCAUCAUGUACUACAUCGGGCGCUCGGCGCGCGUGGAGCAGCUCUCCAACAUGGUGGUCAAAUCCUGCAAGUGCCGCUGAGGCGGGACGAAGAGGCGACGAAGAGGAGCGGCCGGCGGCGCCAGGCUGCGAACGGCUCCAUCCAGGACACGAAGACGAGAGGACAAGUGGAGCCUCUGUUCAUUAAUCUCCGCUGUUUCAUCGCCAUUAGUUGACUUUUGAGAUGUUAUUUUUUUACGCUACCCGACCCUUUGCUCCAGUUCUUGUCGCGCAUGACAGAUUUUCACAUAACGUUCCGUCUGAUAGAGGACACGGCUCCAUUAAACCCGCAUGUGGACGUUAAAAACACGAGCCGCUCUCUGAGACCUGUGCCCCUGCGGCCGUGGGCGACGCGGGAGCGCCUGCUUAUUUGCUUGGGGUCUGAAGGUGUUGAUAGGAAAGAGGUGGGGUGGAAAGGCCUCGCAGACAGAGGUCUUCAGGCGACGAGGGCAGGGAGCAGAUAGAGAGAGAGAGAGAGAGAGCUGUGUCCAGGCUGAGGCCCUGCCAGCUCGCUGCGGUUUCAGCCUGAAAUCUGCCCGGCGUAAACAGGAUGUGAAAGAUUUCCAGACACCAACCCGACCACUCACGGAACGCUAGAUUUAAAUGCUUCCCUCAUCUCCUCUCCCUCUCUCUCUCCCUCUCUCGCUCGCUCGCUCGCUCUGGUGCUUGAGGUUCUGGGAUUUGUGGUAGAAGGAGAGAGGGAAAAGAGAGGCUUUGAAAAUGAGACGUGGGAUGAUAGGGCUGCAUUUGGAAGGGCUGCGACUUUGGAAGGUGGUAUUUUGCAGCCUUAGCAAAUUUGUAACUAUUUGGGUCCGGCUCUAAGGUUCCAUAAUCACACUGUCAUGCUCAUUUUGUGAAUGUGCGUUCAUUAUCUUAUUGUAAAAAGCUGUUGACUCAUUGCCGUCCUCACGCUAUGAUUAUCUCCUGUCUUACCUAUGUUUACCAUCAGCCUCGCUGACGCACACGCAGAGUCUCUCUACACCCAAGUAUCCACAUUCACCACGUUUGAUAGAAUGUCUACAAGCUGAAAAUAAAAAACAUCCCCAGUGCUCUUUUUAAAUAUAGACUCUCUGGUAUGUUAGUGGUUUGUGUGUCUUUGUGUGUGCGUGCAUGUGUGUGUGUGUGUGUGUGUGUGUCUGUGUGUGUGUGUGUGUAUCCGGUGAGGUCAUGUGUGAUAGCACAAGAUUCCCUCGAUUUUUUUCAUUGUGAUUUCUGCUGUGUCUAUGAAAAACAUCUGUAGACAGAUGUUGUUCCUGUGACCCUGAGCGUGAGGACGGCGUCUAUUCCAGCGUGCGUGUGGGGGGUGCGUGCCUUUUUAUAGUUUUGUUGCAACAUUUUAGUUAGUGUGAGAAUAUUUGGGUUGGUCCUCGGCUUCAAGGGGCCGGUUGUGGGUAAAAGGAGGAACACUGAAGGUUUAAAGACCCCUUCAAAUGAUGUUUCUAAUGAAAGUGACAGGCUUUCAAAGCCUUGGCAGACGUCUGUGUCCGUUACUGUAUUAUUUCCACAUUUUAAUAGUCUGGACUCUACAAUGAUAUGUUGAUUACAAAAAGGAACAGCCAGACAUCAACCCACUAAAGACAAGAUGGCCAAGAACACAUGGGAGGAAUUGAGUGAUGUUUUAAUUUUGGUUUGUUGUUCCAGCAGGAGGAACGACACCAGACUCUUUGUGAUUCUGAAAUCUGGAAACGUGCUUUGUGGCGCUCGCUGCAGUAAAAAAAAAGACGUUAAAAGAAAAUUAGUCCCUUUUACACCAACAGUUUCUUUGCAAGGGUUCCAGUGAAAACGAUUCACAGUUAUUUUAGAGAACAAUUUGUUUGUGCCAAACACAUUAUUGUUGAGUGUUUUCAGGGCUGUGAACACAACAAGCUCGGCUAUAUUCGUCUGGACCAUCCAGUUGGGGUAAAAACACGGUUUGGGGUUUUUGUGAAUCUGAUGGUUACCAGUGAAACAGCAUCUGUGGUGGACACUGAAACUGUAGCGUGCAGAUGAGCAUUUAAACACAGCAUCUACAGGUUGGUCUGUGUCUGUGUUUGUGUGAGACCAAUGAAGCUCUGACGGUAAGUAAGAGAAAAUGUUUUUCACUCUACACAUUUAACUGCAUUUGACUUCAUGCUAAACUUCACAUUUCAGACAAACAUUGAAAUUGUUGCUUGUUAAAUCACCAAAUUUUAUAAAAAUCUGGAUUCUAAUAGUGACGAUUGUAUGAUGAUGAUGAUGAUGAUGGUGCUGUACAUACUCUGUUUAUCGUGUUGUGUUGUGUG